AUGGCCGAGACCGCGCCCGCCCCCGCCGCUGAGGCAGCGCCCGCCGCCCCGGCCCCCGCCGCCAAGGCGGCCGCCAAGAAGCCGAAGAAGGCGGCGAGCGGCUCCAAAGCCCGCAAGCCCGCGGGGCCCAGCGUCACCGAGCUGAUCACCAAGGCCGUGUCCGCCUCCAAGGAGCGCAAGGGGCUCUCCCUCGCCGCGCUCAAGAAGGCGCUGGCCGCCGGCGGCUACGAUGUGGAGAAGAACAACAGCCGCAUCAAGCUGGGGCUCAAGAGCCUCGUCAGCAAGGGCACCCUGGUGCAGACCAAGGGCACCGGCGCCUCCGGCUCCUUCCGUCUCAGCAAGAAACCCGGGGAAGUGAAAGAAAAAGCUCCGAAAAAGAAAACUUCGGUAGCUAAGGUUAAAAAGCCAGCAGCAAAGAAGCCCGCCAGCGCUGCUAAGAAGCCCAAGAAGGUGGUGACAGCAAAGAGCCCCAAAAAAGCCAAGAAGCCAGCAGCCAAGAAGGUAGCCAAGAGCCCCAAGAAAGUAACAAAGGCUGCAAAACCCAAGAAGGUGGUGGUAGCAGCCAAGAGCCCGGCUAAGGCGAAAGCGGUGAAGCCCAAAGCGGCCAAGCCAAAAGCUGCAAAGGCAAAAGUGGCUAAGGCAAAGAAGGCAGCACCCAAAAAGAAGUAAGCCCUUGGCUGAGCUAGUCUUGCUCUUCAUUUAACCCAACGGCUCUUUUAAGAGCCACCCACAUUUUCUUAAAAAGUGCUGAAAUUACAUGUGUAAGUGCAAAAAUUAAUAUAAAGUUCGAAGUUAAUUAACAUGGCAGCUUUAGAGAAAAAAGCCUUUGCGGGGGAGCAUGCAAAUUCAUACAUAAUUUUUCAGCAUCAAAAAGCAGAAACAGUUCAUGAGACAUUUUCAUGAUAUUAAGUUAGAGCAGUUGAUGAACUUGGAAGCUUUAGAAAAUUCCCUGUGAAAGAAGUUUGCCUUUACAAAAAGCCUUUGUGAUAGUAUGCCUCAGUGUCUAGUGGGGGCAGUUUCUGCUUAAACCCAUGUACAAG